UGCAAAGAGCUUCGUGCUUAACUGUCUACUCGUGCGAGGUUUUCGAACUAAAUCAGCAAAGGUAGGAGUAAAAUUGAUGUCAUUCAGUAAACCCUGAUACAGAAGUAGUUCAAGAUGUCUCUACUCAAUACUCAUGAUAUGAAACUGACUGCGGAUCUGGUGACAAGGGAUUGAACCUAGAGCUUAUUAUCUUGAAAAAUUUCACCUGAUUUGAUUUGUUAUGCCAAAUUAACAGCGAAUAUGCAAAGAGUAUAGUAUAGAAAUGAAUUAUUUUUGUCUGACUAAUUUAGUUCAUUGCAUUCUUAGGUUGUCGUUGCUUGGAGGUAAACUAAUAUGUCUGACAGAGAUCGCUUGAUCGCUAACCCAGGGAGAACCGAAAUCGAACAGGUACGCUCCAAACAAAUUGAAAUUAAAGAUGUUGGUACCACCGUUAAAAUCAGAGACGAAAUCCACGCCAGAUCAAAUCAUUACAUCGAGGAGAGCAAACCUUACUUCCCGAAAGAUAAGUUGCGUACCUACAUCGAUUGUCCGUACUUUUUAAGAGUCGCGCGAUGGUUGUGCUUUGCCAGCCUCUUUGGAGCCCUUGUUGCAACCGGUUCAUCGAAGUUUAUUCCUGUGUUUUUUCUCGUUGCCUGCCUACUGUUCUUCUUGUUUUACUGCCAACACGAGUGGGUGAAUCAGAAGACCUUGCCUGUUGUCCACAAGCAGCCCUUCUUCCCUGAUCAGAGAGUAAACAACACAUUCUACGAGCUGACCAUCACUGAACUUCAUGGGAUUGCUCUCCAGAAUUACCAAGCUGGUAUUGGUUUUGUUGAACUUUCUCAGGGAAAGAUUAAAUUUCAGGCAUUCAACAAUACCGCGAAGAAAUACAUGUCCGACGCCAAAUGUCAGUCUCGAUUGAUGCUUCAAUCUCCUUUUCUUGGCGGCGUCUGUCUACAAUUGCUACUUUGUGGUAGCCUAUUGACUAACCGGGUCAACGUUAGACGGAUAAUAUCUUAUGCAGAUGAUAGUAAAAGUGUAGUUAUCAUGGAGAUCAGAUGCGAUUCCUGAUUUGUAGAUACAAAUAGGCAC